AUGUUUGUCAUUUCAUGUGAACUGAGACUUGGAACUUAUUUUGUAUGUAAAAAGGAACUUGAUCAUCGUUUAAUUGUGUUGAUAACAGGUCUACUCACAGCGGUGCACCAGAGCCACUUCCAUGUUUUGAAUCACCAGGAAUUUCUAUUUAAUGACAUAGGUGAUCGUGUAGCCCAGCUUCUACAUCUUGAAUUACUAGUUCCUUCUUCUCAAAGCCAAUAUACUGGUGUGCAGAAGGAUGUUCUUCUUGUGAAUACUCACUUAAUUUUCCCCAUGAUUCUAGUUAUUGUUUUGUCCGACUGCAGCAGCUCCCCUGUGUUCCUAUCAUUUUAUGUGGGUUUUGUCUCAUCAUAUGAUAUCGCUCACCCUUGCACAGAUGAGCAUGAGGAAAUCUCUAAGUGGAUUAGUCAUCAUAACCACAGAGGCAAUGCAUGUGGAGUAGACUUUAUUUGGCUCCGCAAUCCUAGCAAACCCCGGAGGCCACUCAAAGAAAGCUUUACAGAAGCAGUUGUUGGGAACAUUAAGAAUUUGGUGGAUGGUUUGUCAACAAAUGGCAUUAGUGCACUUGAUUUUCUUGAAACUGAUGGCAGUCGAAUCACCUAUUCACAGUUCUCUCAAAGGGCAUGGAACCCUUGCACUUUGGUCCAACCGGAGGAAGAUGGUGAUGGAAAUAGGAAACAAACAGAAGAACCGCUUGAUGCUCUUACUGUUGCUACUGGUAUUGGUUUUAAUGUCAGUAAAGCUAUGUUUCUUCCCUCAGAGGUCGAAAUGGGGAUGUGGCCGGAGAACUAUUCCUAUCAGACCAUGCCCAGUUGA